CAUAGCUACCGUUCUCGUUCCAUUGUGCCCGGCCGUUCGAAUCGAUUUAUCGCCUAUAUAUCCACCAAACCAUGCCCGGCCCCACUGCAUUACAAUUUACAACUAAUAAUAUAUAUAAUUAUUUAAAACACUAUUUGACUAUUUAUAUUACGUCUCAUAUAAUUCAAUUCAAACUAUUAUUAUUAUCCUCCCUGUCAUCAUAAAUAUAUAAAUAACAAAGGGUAAUAAACACUCAACUCUGAAUCACCAUGUAUGGAAAAUAUGAGGAGGUUUUAAUUUUUAUUCCUUAAAUUAAAAUAUAAAAAGAAAAAAAAAACUUUAUUGAAAAUGGCAUUUACUGCAUGAGAAAAAAUGAAAAAUCUGUCUACAUAUGUUGUGAACGCCGUGUUGGGAUUCACAUGUAUAAUCCAAUCUUCCAUUUUUUCUGCAACCUAUAGAUUCACACAACCCUGUAAGUCUACAUAAUCUCAAAACCUGUGCCCCUUAUUUAAAUCAAUUUAUUUCUUCUUCUCCUCCACCAUAACAAAACCAAAUCAAGAAAAUCAAGAAAAUCAAGAAAAUGGCGUAUGCACUUUCUUUCAAAGAUUUCUUCUCACCAACAAAAACCCUCUUGCUUUUAGGCGUGGUUCUAUACGUAUUCCUCGUACCCAUCUUCAAUAUUGCAAACCCACAACUUUUAAUGGUCAAAUGGGCGUCGCCGGCUGCACGGACGGAACCCCACAUCUCCAGCUCCGGCGAGAACAAGAUUCCGACGAAUCUCAGCCACAUAGCUUUCGGUCUUCUCGGCUCAGUGAAAACAUGGCCGCACAGAAGGGGAUACCUGGAGGCAUGGUGGCGGCCGAAUAAAACCCGAGGCUACGUGUACCUGGAUCAGGCGCCGACCCCGAAUCUCCUGCCGUGGCCGCAAACCGCGCCGCCGUACAGAAUCGUGGACAACCUGUCGGAGAUUUUCCGGGACGUGAAGCCCCGGCACGCGCUGAUGCCGCGUAUGGUGCACGGGAUCCUGGAGCUUUUCCGGGAGGAGCACGACGAUAUGCGGUGGAUCGUGAUGGGCGACGACGACUCGAUUUUCUUCGUGGAUAACAUAGUUGAUGUUCUUGGUGGGUUGGAUCAUACGAAGUAUUAUUACCUGGGUUGGCAUUCGGAGAGCGUGAUUUCGAAUUUCUGGUUCUCGUUCGACCAGGCGUUCGGCGGCGGCGGGAUUGUGCUGAGUUAUCCGCUGGCGAAGGCGCUGGCGGCGGACAUGGAUGGGUGCUUGAUUCGCUACGCGCAGAGCAGCUCAGCGGAUCUUAUUACGAUGACGUGUAUCGCUGACAUUGGUGUUAAUCUUACACCUCACAAAGGCAUUCACCAGGUGGAUUUACAUGGUGACUUCUCCGGUUACCUAUCAGCCCACCCAAAAGUCCACCUAAUGACAUUCCACCACUUCGACGCGAUGGACCCGAUAUUCCCGUCGAUGGACCGCAUGCAGGCCACGCGCCACCUCAUGAAGGCGGCGGACGCCGACCAGAGCCGCCUACUGCAGCAAACCAUCUGCUACCAGCGGCCAACCAACUGGUCCUUCUCCAUUGCAUGGGGAUAUUCGGCGCAGAUUUACGAGAAAAUCCAUCCACGAAGCUACCUCCAAAUGCCGAUCGAGACUUUCAGGCCGUGGGCCAAGGGGCCGAAACCCCCGUUCUACAUGUUCAACACGCGCCUCCCGUCGAGUGACCCUUGCGAAGCCCCGCACAUGUUCUUCCUUGAAUCCGUCUACAAAAGCGUAGCCGGAGAUCAGAUCGUCACCACCUAUUUGCGGGCCCGGCCGCGUGACAUGCCGCCGUGCUCCUCCGCCGGUAACCAUUCUGCCGAUUCAAUCUCCUCGAUUAAAGUAUUUUCACCCGCUGUUAAGCGUAUUGAGAUUGAUAGAAGCGAGUGUUGUGACAUCCUUGGGGUGGAUGAUAAUAAGGCGGAGGUUAAAUUUAGGGAGUGCAAGUUAGGUGAGAUUAUUGCUUAAUUUGUUACAAAAAAAUAAAUGUAGGGGGGAAAAUGUAAUUUAGAUUAUUGUGCUAGUUGAUAUAGGGUGAACGAAAAAGACAUACAGAUAUCAGUUGCUAUUUUUUUUUAAUUCUUUCUUUCUCCCAUUUUUAAUUCGAUACAUGCCCAUUUGAUUAAAAUAACUCCCCUCUGUUUC